CAAUCCUUGCCAGGAUAGGCCGAAGCCAGCACACAGAGACGGAGUGUGUGCGUGUUUGCAAGGGUGAAAGUUUUUCCGGUGCGGUGUACGUGAUACCCCUGAAAAAACGGAUUGAUCCAAAACCGCUUCAUGAGGUUGUCCUCUUCUCUUCGCUUUGUCGUGGAACAGUAAUACUUUAAGACAGAGGCUCAGCAACUCGAUACGUGAGAAUGUCGGAGCUGGACUCGGAGACGUACCUCCAGUUCCUACUGGAUCUCACCAACCUCAUCACAUCGGACGACUUGGAGCAGUUCAAGACGGCCUGUAAGGACGACAUACCCGAGGAGAAGGUGCCGGAGCUGAAGACUCCUCGGGACUGGUUCAUGUUCUUAGAGAAGAUCGAGAAGCUGGCUCAAGAUGAUCUGUCGUACAUCGAGCACGUUUUCGAGAUCACGAGGCGACCAGACCUGCUGACCAAGAUACUGGAGUACCGGACACAGGUCUUGAAAAUCUCAGACGAUGAGGAGCUAGACUCCAAACUCACUCGAGUACCAAGUGCCAAGAAAUACAAAGAUCUGAUAUCGAAGGAUCACAUGGGAGUGUCAGAAGAUGGCGGGAUCAAAUUGGAACCACCCCCCUCUAAGAAAGGACCAUAAUGAUGCAGGAGGAACCACCUUACCAGUCUGGCAUUUCUUACACCAAUAUGUGAUGUCUGUGACAAGGAUGGAUGAACCUCUGAAAAGGGUUUCUUAGAUCCUUUUCCUUUCCUUAAUGUUUUAUAUAAGACAAUGCAACAAUGUACACACCCGCAGCUUGCACUUUGCUGCAAGACUGCAAAUUGUAUUGAAAAUUUUUCAAAACCUGCAAUUUUUCAGGCUUUAUAAUAUUUACACUCAACUAAAGGCUCUAAUGCUUUGUGAACAAUUGCCACUAACUGUCACGCACUAUCAGGUAAUCACUUCUACCACUCAAUGAUUUAUUCCACCCUAUUUGAUCACUUAAAGUGUAAUAAUCUUCAGCUAGAGAGUGAUUGGUACAGUUUUCCAAUUGUGUGCCUGCUAGACAGUGUAACUGUGUAUCGAAGAACAGGGCAAAUUUCAUGUUUAACAUCAUGAUAUUUACUUGGUUCUCUCAGCUAGUCUUUGACUGUGUAUUUGUUUGUGUAUUUGUGUGUGUUUUUGCAAUAUAACACAGUGUUGCCCUACAUUGUCAGUGCUGCUAUACUUGUCUGUUGGAGUUGCAGAUCUCAGAUUGCCAUUUUAUAUGCUAAUAUGUGUUGCAUCGGAUUUUAAAGUGAGCUUUAUAACCACACAGCAGAUGUGGAUUGAACUAAUGCAAGAGAGUAUAAUACUAUAUCCUAUAUUCUUGUUGGUCUCAAUCAAGUCCUUAUUAAUCAUGUACAAAUGUAGUCCAGAGGCAUAGCUGAAAAAUUGUGCAAAUUUGUCUAAAAGCACCACAUGCAGUUGAAUAUAGACAAAUCUGCAGAAUUCAAAGCCUGAUUUUUUCAGCUAUACCGCUGGACUGUAGAAACAUUCAUUGGAUGAUAGUACAUGUAUAAAAAAACAUGGUAUGAUAUGAAAAUAUAUGAAAAUAUCAUGAUUUGCUAAUGUUAGGUGAGAGCUGAACACAAGCGUUGGUCACUUGUAAAGCUGUGAUGUGAUUAUGCAGACCUAUUGGGGAGUAAGUAUGGCCACAGGCCAGUCCAAUGAAAUUAGAAUGAUUCCUUGGCAAAGGUACAUGUUUGACGUCAGUAGACUUGGCAAGGUCUUCACUAAUUUGAAUACACUAUUAUAAUGCUAGUUCACCUUUAUCUGCGGGGUAACCUAUAUCUGUAUUAUUAAAAAAGAAUUUAGAGAUAUAAUGUGGACAGUUGGUAGUUUCAACUGCAAUGUUUUUAAAAUAAUACAAUUUGCAACCAGUAGUGCCAUCUAUACAAUAUUGUCACAGUAAUAUUUUGAAAUUCAAAAUUUUGCCAUUUGAAACUGCUACUAAGCAUGGACACGGUAUCCCUAAAUACUGUUUUUAAAGACAAUGGAUAAACAUUACCCUGCGGAUAAAGGUAACCUAGCGUAACUAGCAGCGUCAAUAUUCUGUUGUGUCUGUCACACAUUUUGGCCUGGAACUGUUUUAAAGAGAUAGCCGAGCACUUACAGAGAUGCUACUGUAAAAUUGGUGUAUUUUAGGUCACACCAAUUUUAUUGGUUGGUUCUGAAAAUAUAUUUUUAAAUGACUAAAAUUAGGCUAACAUUAUACAGAAUGUUACAGACCUACCAUUUCUAUAUGCUUCUUAUAAUGAGGUUUACCAAGUAAUAAAAUUGGUGUGGCAUUUCAGAAGCACAAGCAUCAAUCUUACAUAAGAAUGUGGACAGAAAAUAAACAUCAAAUCAAAACAGGAAGGUGUGAAAGUAGGAAAAAGUAAGUAAACUCACUCACUGAAGC